GCUGUUGUGUCGUUUCCAUAGAUACCACAAACGUGCCGCGGCGGCCGUCGUGUCAGCUUGUUUUCACAGCAGCAGCUGUUUUUUAUUUACACAAAAAAUAAAACAGACCGAAGUUAUGUCGUGGAACAAGAACAACCACGGCUUACCAUUUUUGCCAGGAAACACUUUUACGGAUUCAACGAAGUCAUCCUUCCAUCGACCCCAGACUCUGAGCUACAGGUGUGGCUACGCUCUACCCAGUCGCCCCACUGGGGGCAUUGGUCAGGACCCCCUUCUGUCGGAGGAGCUACUCCACCAGCAGAGGAGUCAGAUGUUCUUUGAGACUCCAGACGUUACAUCUACCUAUGGCUCUUUUCACAAGAGAUCCUCGGGAGAAUUCAUCCCUGCUUAUGUGGCCUUAGACAAGAAGGUGCUGCGUUUCUUUGCAUACAUUCAGGAAGACAAUCUGUAUUCGCCCCAGGAGCAGUACCGUGUUCGGCCUGUGGUCAUUUACUACUAUCUAGAAGACGACAGCAUGUGUGUCUUUGAGCCCACAGUGGAGAACUCUGGGAUACCACAGGGCAAGCUGCUCAAACGCCAUUGUUUUCCUAAGAAUGAACUUGGAGAUCAUUACCACUGGAAAGACCUGAACGUUGGCAUGGACCUGGUGGUGUACGGAGUGAAGUACCACAUCACUCAGUGUGACGCUUUCACAAAGGGAUUCAUGGAGAGUGAGGGCAUUAUUUUGAACGAUCCUGAGUCCAUACCUGAGGAUCCUUACAUCAAACGUCGUGAGAUGCCUCAACCGUGCCACACCAAACCCGCUGAGAAUGACCCAAUGCAUCUGUUUCUCACUAUGGACCGCAAGGUCCUGAGGUUCUUUGCCCUGUGGGACGAUGAUGACGGGGAAACCAGGCCAGUCACCAUCCAGUUUUACCUGGUGGACAACACAGUGGAGAUCAGAGAAGUCCACCAAGCCAACAGUGGUCGAGAUCCCUUCCCUGUACUGAUGCGCAGACAGAGGCUGCACAAGAGACUCAGACCACAGGCCUUCCCCAGCUGUGUGUUGGAAUUGUCCAAAGAGGAAGUGGAUGAGUACUACUCACCGAAAGACUUCCAACUGGGUCACACCUUAACCCUGUUGGGCCGUCGCUUUUUGCUGUACGACUGUGAUGGUUUCACCAGAGACUACUUCCACACCAACCACCCAGGCAUGGACAUGAAACCCACUGAAGUCCCCACAAAAGACACCCUGAUCCAGAGCAGAAAGAAGGCCGUUCCUCCCUACAAUGGCUUCGGAUCACUUGAGGAUUCUCUUCAGAAUUGUUUGUCCCUGAUUCCUAAGCCUCCUAAAAAGAACGUCCUGAAGAUGCUGGAAAAUGACCACAAAGUUCUGCGCUACAGUGCCAGGCUGGACUCCCAGCAUCCUGAAGAUGAAGGACGACGCUUCACUCUGUCCUACUACCUGUCCAAUGACAUGAUCAGUAUUUUUGAGAAACCCACUCGUAACUCAGGCAUCAUUGCCGGCAAGUUUUUGGAAAAGACCCGCGUCCCAAAACCAGGCUGUACAGUGGAAAAUCCCCAGUGGUACUCACCUGCAGAUUUAUCCAUCGGAACCACAGUGGAAGUUUUUGGCCAUCGCUUUGUGUUGACUGAUGCUGCCCCCUAUGUGCUCACAUACCUGGAGUCCAUGGCCAGUGAGAUUCCUCUUCAGACGUUAGAUUCAUUACGUCAGAAACUGGGUGUGGGGAUAACCCACAACCCAACAGGUGAUGAAGUCACAGGGCCAUGUGUGUCAGAUUAACCGGGGACCCCAAACAAUUUUGUGCUCAUCACUUUUAAUUUUUAUAUAUAUAUAUAAAUGUAUCAUUAAUGAAGAAAAAAGUUGGUGGGGGAACAAUGGAAGUCUCUAAAGUUUGACAAAAUAAAGCAUUUCUCGAUAAUGGUCAGGUAAGAUUAGAAUACUUGAUAAAGAUAAUGUAUUAUAAAGUAUUUAAAUAUAAGUAUUUAUUCCUCCGCACACUUUUCUUUAAUUCACUUCACAUUAAAUUCACUGACCUGAGUUUUCAGACAGUUGAUUGUUCCAUCAGGGUGGUGAUCUUGGGAGGGAA